AUGAUCGUCGCUCCCCUCUUCGCCGUGGUCGCCCUCCUCGCCUCGUCCGCGUCUGCAGUCUGCAACGGUGCCGCAAAGGUCAUCACCAACUGCAAAAACACCAACCAGGUCGCCCUCACCUUUGACGAUGGCCCCUACCUCUACGAGGACGACAUUUCGUCGCGCUUCACCGCUGCCGGUGCCCACGCUACCUUCUUCCUGAACGGUAACAACUGGGCCUGCAUCUACGACCACGCCGACACCCUCCUGAACCUCCAGGCGGCCGGCCACACCCUCGCCUCGCACACCUGGUCGCACCCCGACCUGACCAAGCUCGACUACAACGGCAUUGACCAGGAGCUCGAAAAGGUCGAGGCCGCGUUCAUCAAGAUCCUCGGCCUCAAGCCCACCUACUUCCGCCCCCCUUACGGCAACUACAACGACCUCGUCCUCCAGGUCCUCCGCGACCGUGGCUACCAGAAGGUCUUUAUCUGGUCCGACGACACUGAGGAUGCCGACGGCCAGAGCGUCUCGUACGGCCAGAACGUCAUCACCUCGGCGGCCAACACUGCCGGCCCCCACAUGGUCCUCAUGCACUCGACCGAGCCCCACACCCAUGACCAGCUCGUUCCCUUUGCCCUCACCGCGUUCAAGAACAAGGGCUACGGUAUCGUCUCGGCCGACACCUGUCUCGGCUCGGACGGCGAGUGGCCUUACGUCUACAUUGGCCCCCCCGGCACCCGCGACUCGACCUGGAAGUGCUAA